AUAUCGAGUAACUUUUUUACUAGCCGUAUUCAAACGAUCCUGACUGAUUCUCCAUCUGAUCAGCAAGUCCUAGCAGUAGUUGCCGACCCGUUGCGCCAUAUCAGCCAACAUCCGUACUACCUAUCUAAAAGUUGCACAUUCUUUAGAAUUGAAGCUAGAAGCUAGGAGAGAAUUGCUUAUUACUUAAAGGUUUGAGGGAGAGCAACCUGCCAGCCUGCCCGCCCUGCAAGAGCAAAGCUAAAGAGGUUCCACUUUGACCCACACGUACCAAAAGCCAGGCACCUGAGGCGGGCGCUAACUUUACCUUCGUUUGUUUCCAGUACCGUGUACGAAGUACGUAUAAGGUAGGUACGCGGUACCUAUCUUUUCAGGUCGUACUUCCAACUCACGGCCCCACCAUCUGUAUGUGCGCGGCGCAAGUCCCGAUUCAAUGUCACCUCUUCAUUACAUAUACCUUAUGUAACAAAAGCAUCUACCGGCUACCUUCUAGAUGCUGGUUUGGUCCAUAGCAUAGAGGGUUAAAUCUUAUCAUCCGAGAGUCUAACGACAUAGUUAUUCCUUUCGCCUAUCCAAGUACACUUUUCAUCAUGUCGUCUAUCAACGUAAAGCCGACCCUCAAGCUCGACACGUCGCAGCAGAUGCCGCCUCCGUCGAACCCUGAAAACCCAAGACCUAUCCUAAAGCUCAAUACAGCAUCGCGACAACCUUCAUUCAGCGGCGAUGUUGGCACCCCUACGCCAUCUGGAGAGAGUCGGAAAAUAAAGAUCAAGAUCAGUAGUCAACCGACCACACCAGCCGCUACACCCAUCGCCCAGACACCGACCUUAACCAAGUCCAAAGCCGGUAGAACGUCCAAGCCAACUCAGAAGCUUGUUGAGUCGAAGAAGCGCCCGUAUGAUAGCGAUGAAGAUCGGCCAUUGUCUGUCACUCGACAUGAAUCGAACCGGCCUAGCAAAACAAUUAAGAUUAGACCGACCAUAUCGAAGCCAGACCGCGCAUCAAAUGUGGUGUCAACGCCUAUUAGCACCAUCAAGUUCAAGCCUAGAGGCGAACCUGUUCAACAUCAUCCUGGAGAUGCUUACGACUCCGAAGCAAGCGACCGCGAGGUUGAUCCUGUCCGGGAAACUACAUUUAUUCUUCGCGUCAUGCCAGGAGCCGCGACAGAGUACUUGAAAAAGGCGUUGGCUGAAGGCACUAUCGGUUUGCCCAAGCAUAACGGAGGCGCGGAUUUUGGUGUUCAAUUUCUCGAUGCUAAGCAGCGACGAGCUAUGGUCACCAUCGACGGAACCCACUAUGCGGCAGUUCUUGUCCAGCUACCAACCAUUACGGAGGCGAUGAAGUCUUGGGAUCGCAAAAACAUGAUGAAGAACUCUGAUAUUGUCGAGAUGCUUCUAUGUUUUGCAACCGUUAAGAGCGAGACUGAAGCCAAGACGAUCCCGCUUCCACCUAUGGCUGCUAAGAACGACUAUAAGUGGCCUCACGGUCUUACUCCUCCCAUGCACGAUGCUGUCCAUCGACGAUUUAGAAAGACUGUAUCAGAGAAGCAGUGGCAGAGUACUGCUACUCAAGUAGCCAAACUGCUCGAGGAUGACGCAAACGCCUUAGAAUCCUACACCGAACUCAUCUACAAUGAGGACGACGACUCCGGAGAUUCCGACGACUCCGGAGAAGAUGCUGAAGGUGAAACUGAGCAGGACUAUUUUGGAGACCAUGCUGGUGUGCAGGACGAUAUGGAAGAGGAUGCUGAAGACGAUGAGAUGUUGGCAGCCAUGGAAGCUGAGCUCGCAGAGAGCGGAAUGCAUCAUGAAGAGCCUGCAGCGACCACGCCAGCCAUGCAGCCAGAGGCACAAACUCCUAUGACAAUCGAAGGGAAUACUCCCGCGGCCAUGCAGGAGAUCAUAUCAGAAGAAGAUGAAGAUGACGACGACGACGAUGAAGAUAUGGAGGAUGGUGAAGACGACGAUGUCGACGAGGAGCAGUUGGUGGCGGAGCGAGAACGCAAGGAAAAGCUCGACGAGAUCGAGCAUCUAAAGAAGUCACUCGACGAGACCCUACGCCAACUUUCUGAAGUCACCGCACCAAUCUUGAAGAAGCGUGUCCUUCUCACAAAGGCCAACCUCGAAAAGGAGAUUGCCGUCAAGAAAGCUGCGCUGGGCUUAACGGACGAAGAUUAAAGGCUAGAACGCAUAAUAACGCAUAAUAUAGAAUGCGUGUGCUGGAAAAUAGGGGAAGAUGGGAUCCCAAUUUCGCUUGGUCCUUUCUCAGGCGUUGACGUCUACUUGAC